ACUUGAAAUUGAACUGAUUAAUUGAACAUCAAAAUACAUUAAUCAAAGUCAACAACGAUGCAGCAAUAUCAUAAUUUGCCCUACUAAUGUGCUUAAUUAGCUUAGGAAUUGCACAAGACAAUUCCGUUUAUUUACGUGUAAUAACAUGACGAAAUGUUAACUGCAGUGCAAAUCAUUCAUGACCGAUUUUGAGAUUCCAAUGAGAAAUGCCUUAAAAUCCGUGUACCCAAAUUGCGAGCACAAGACUUGUUGGUUUCACCUGACACAAGCAGCAAAAAAAAAACAUGUCGAAGUUGAGCGCACUCUCUAAGCUGAUCCAGAGAAAUGGAGAGGCCCGUACAAUUUACAAGAAAUUAUUAGCGUUGCCUUUGCUGCCAUCAGAUUUAAUAGUAGCGGCUUUUCAUAAGCUGAAGACACUUGCCCUAUCUAAAUUUAAACAAUUUCAAACGUAUCUGGCAUAUUUUGAGCGUCAAUGGCUUCGAAAGGAAGGAGCUGAAAAAAUUUCAGUGUAUGGGCUUAUCACGCGUACUCAAACUGCUGUAGAGGCGUACAAUGGAUAUCUCGGCCGAAAAAUCAUUUCCCAUGCGAACUUUUUUGUUCUUAUCAACGCCUUACGAGACGAAGAAUUUCACAAAAGUCGCGAGUUUGGGUUACUGUUCACAACUGCAAACCCUCCAUUGCAACGACGCUACUAUCGUCUUCGCGACGAGAAAAUUAGUAAAAUGGAUGAAAUGUUGAACAGUAAGCAAAUCGAUGUUGACGGAUUUUUGAAUGGAGUUACAUGCCCUGAUAACAACAUUUUUAGCGACGAGCAUUUCUAUUUCGGUUAUGAGGGGAUAUCAGAUGGUGAAGAUGAAGAAACCGAGCCAGUUGCAUCCAUUUCAUCCGACACAGGAAGUUCUGUAAUCUCAGGCAAGACCUGUGUAAUUUGUCUUGAAGCAACAAGCGAUGUGCUUCUUUCGUGUGGGCAUUUUAAAUAUUGUUUAAAGUGCUUUGAAAUGGAACAAAAAUAUUUUAAUGAUAAAUUGGUUGAAUUCGAGUUGGGCCGACGGGAUAUUGAGCCAAAAUUUAAAUGUCCAUUAUGCCAACAAAUCAUAAAAAGCCAUAUGCAUAAAAAUGUAUGGGGAAAUUGUGGCCAUUAA